AUCUUCAGCACGCUGUUGCCAGUAUUUUGAACCUUUGAAUAUGCAACAUGUAUUCUAGUUCUUAUGUGUAUGAUGCGUGAAAAAACUAUUACGAAGCGAUUAUUUCAUUCGAAUGCUGUUGUUUAUGUUAACACAGGUUCCAUCAUUCAUCGCAUUCGUGAAUGCGGUUCUGUGGCAAAAACGUGCUGAGAUUAGUGUUAUCUACCUCGUGAAGAAAUAUAACCCUUGGUUAGAAUGGAUAUUGAGCUAAAUCAUGAACUGGAAAUGGCUGAAAUCACUCUGCACGUUUACGAUAUCAUUCAUCCGACUCCAAUACCUCUGAAAAAUCUAUCAGCGAUCGCCAUUAGCAUCGAAAUAUGGCGCUGUGAAGUGCAUAAAUAUCGUACGACCAAUAAAUUGCAAGAAUUUUCUCCAAGCCACGAACUUCACUUCGCUAAAACUAUAAUAUUCCCUGGUAUACCACCCGUGCUCGAUGAUAUGAUCAAAGAAUACGUCAAACGAUUCGGAUUUUCAAUGGACAAGUGGCUGAAAGAUCACUACCAACGAAUAUUUAAACUUCACAAUAACUGCAGCUUUCAGACCUGUAUUUUAAAACACUUCGACGAUUUUGUAGCAGAUUUCGAUGGAAAAAUUCAUCUCGUCAGAACAGCCGAACGUAUGAUGCGUUCUGAUCAAAUAAACAAUAUCGUAAAAUUCAUGAUCGCGUGUGCCUACAGUUUGGAAGACGAUAUCAGACGAAUUUGGCCAUCUGCGUUUAGUAAUAUAAAUAUGAAACAUAUCGACGAUGCUGAAAUUCCAUUAGUGUAUUUCUGGAUGCGCACUUUGGAUAAAAAUUUCCAGCGUCGACAACCCAACUUACAGUAUGGUUCUCUCGACGAACUUUUAGUUUUUGUGUGCUCGUAUUACGGUAAUAGGCCAUCGAUGCUGUAUUUUUGGAAUCGUUUACCAUCGGAAAGUCGAAUGCCGAAAGCUAUCGAUAUUUUUUUGUAUGACAAAGAAUCCUUCGCUAGGUUCAUCUUACCAAGACUCGACGAUCAACAGCUCGAUGAAUUUGUUCGUGGAAAUGGCUGUGACUUGAUUUAUGCUCUGUUAAAUGAUCAGCAGUCUGAUGAAAGCGUCAUCCUGCCGACUUGGACCUACAUCAGGAAAUAUUUCAGUGAAAAUUCUUUUACGAAUCUCGUGGUAAAAAUGCUAGAAGACGAGCACAGAUAUUGCGAGCUAAAAUCCAGCAAUCAGAAUCGCAGAACCAGAAAUCUCUGUUGCGAAAUAUGGAGCAGUGCCCCUAGCUCUUGGAAAUUAUCGACCAUCAGAGAAAUUUCAUCUAAUCCCAUCUUGUUUAAAAUCUGCUUUUCUCGUAUCCAUUGCACGAGUGAUUCUGUGUAUCCGAGAAACGUCGAAUUACUAUUGACCAUUUUGUCAUACGCCUCUCUCCAAGAACGAAGCCAGUUUUGGGUCAACUGUUGGAAUAAUUUGAUUAGAGGCGUACAUGUCGAUGAUUUACAGAAAGUAAUGGAAAUGUGCUUCGAAAGCAAAGAUGAAAUGAUUCGGUUCAAGAAUAACAUCAUGGCCAUGGACACGAGUGCAGUUUCACUGUGCGUUAUAUUAUUAUGCGGAUGCGGGUUUUUCUGCGAUGCUUUGAACGACUUCAUGAAUUUUUUAUGGCCAGAUGUGCAACUGCUGAGGCAUCUAAAACAAGCUCUGCUGCAGACUACUCUGCUGAACGAACAAGCAUUGAGUAUUUACAUGAUCUGGGAAGCUGAGAAACUCGAUGAAUUCAUUGGAGAUGCUUUUAGCAACGUUGAACUAUCGACUGAUUUCAAAAAUCGACUCGUAUCGUUACCUCGAGUGCAGAAUUAUUUAUUGGUCAAUAUCAGCACAAGAUACCAUUUACCUACUUUGAAAGCAGUUAUGUUAUUUAUCGAUAAGUUUGCUUCGAUCGAACAAACUCGACUGGCGAUUAAAACGUGUAUAAUGGAUUCUGUAAAGCAGUGUUUGGUUGCUGAUGAAUCUGCUCGUGCCAAAUUCAACGAACCUUGUUCGUACCCUUUUUUACUCUGGUGUUUGGGAAGUGAUGAAAAAGUUGAAGAGUUUAAGCUCGAGUAUCUUGUAGAUGUUUCAAACUCAAAGCAGUCGUCGUAUCUGGUUUAUAUCGGUGUGUGUUCGUUAACUUUAGUGAUUUUUUAUGCUUUUCGGAAUCGAAUAAGACUUGCCUAGUCCACGAUGUGUUAAACUUUACCUUCCUAUUUAUAUUAUUUUUAUCGUAGCAGUGCAUAUUUGUACGUUACAUGUGUGAUAUUUUGGUAAUAAAUUAUGAGCCAAGUGCUUUUUUUAAUCUAAAAAGUAUCUGUCAAUUUUCCAUCAUUAAUUUAUGGCCAAAUGAACGUAUUGAAGUGAAGAGGAAAUUUAAGAAGUCUGAAUUCUAACAGAGUGUGGCUUAUGGGAAGGGGUAAAAUGCCCCCAAAUCGAAAGAUUUUGAAACUAGGAUACCCAGUGAAAAUUGGCCUUGAUGGUUUGUUAAGUCAAUAGAACAAUGCUCGGCUUGCUAGCUCGUUUGUAGGUGAACAGAAAUGAACUGACUUUGUGAUCUGUCAAAAUGGGUUGAAAUUUCGCGAGAAAUUCAAAUAUUUCAACAAAAAUGUUAUUCGAGUAUUUUUGAUGAAUUUUGAUGAGCCAAAAAUAGGGUCAUGGUUUUUGGAGGUUUUUGAAAGAGACAUUCAAUUCAAUUCAAUUCAAUUCUUUAUUUGAGAUACGUGCGGCAGCAUUGCUGCCAUCAUAUCAGGUUAAGCAUUACAUAGACAUAGAUGAUUAUUUGAAUAGGUAUAGAAUACAAAUUUCAGAGUUAAAAUUGGAUAAAAGUACACUCGAUUAAGACAUAAUAAUAUGAUGAGUUAAAACUAUAGAUAUUCUACACCAGGUUAUUUUCAACAGAAAAAAAGAAAAAACAAAAAAACAGAAAAUAAAAUAAAAAUAAGAAAUAAAAAACAAAAAUAAAAAUUGAAUGCUUAUUGAUCCAGGGAGCUGAGAUAUUCUUCCAGGGUGUAAUAAGCCCUAGUUAUCAGCCAUUCUUUGAGGGCAUUUUUGAAUUUUUUUGCAGUUGGCUGGGUUUUUACACUCCCUGGAAUCCGAUUAUAUACUUUUGCUGCAGAGGAUACAGUACUACACUGGAGAAGUUUUGUGCGGUGGUGGGGAGUUCUAAGGUUACCUCGUGAUCUGGUACUGUAUGGAUGGGUAAUUUUUGGAAAGGUUAUAACCCCAGUAUAAACCAUGAGAGAUAUGUCUAAGAUAUAUUGUGAUACUGUAGUGAGAAUUUUAUUAUCAAUAAAGGUGGGCCUGCAUGUUUGUCUUAGAGGUAUUUUAUAAAUUGUUCUUAUUGCACGUUUUUGUAGUGUGAGAAUUUGUUUGACAUAAGAUGCAUUACCUCCCCAAAAAACCACCCCAUAGGCCAUUGUAGAGUGGAAUAGUCCGAAAUAGGCAAGUCUGAGAGUUUUUUGAUUUGUAAUUUGGCGUAGCUGAAAGAGUAAAAAGUUUAUAGAUGACAAACGACAAGUUAAUUUAUUGAUGUAUACAUCCCAUUUUAAAUUGCAUUGAACAUCAACCCCUAAGAACUUUGCAGCACUGGAGACAUUAGGCAGAGUUGAGAGAGUUUCUGCUACCAGGUCUGCCUCCCUAGGGGCUACAUUGAAAGGUACUGUUACUGUUUUGUCCAGGUUCAAGCUCAUGCAAUUUGCAUUAAACCAACAAACCAAGUUUUUGAGAACAUGUUCUGUUUUUGUAAGCAGUGUGUCCCAGCUACCACCCUUUAAAAACAUGGUUGUAUCAUCUGCAAACUGUGUUAGAAGUGCAUUAAUGUAGGAUGACAAAUCAUUAACAUAGAGAAUAAACAAUAAAGGUCCAAGUAUGGAGCCUUGGGGGACACCUUUGUCUAUUAUUUUCUCUUCAGAAAAGGUGAAAGUCUCCCCAUUUUGGAUUUUUACAAUUUGUACCCUAUUUUCAAGGAAAGAUUUUAGCCAACUGUGGAUUGGACCCCUUAUCCCAUAUUUUUCCAA